UAUUUUGGGCGCCGUGUUGGGGAAAGACGGCUGGAUGUGGAGGAGCCACGAGGUCAAACUUGUCAGCACGUCCUCGGGUGAAGUUCGAUGACUAAACGGGAAUCAUCUGUCACCUUUUCAUGAUAUUACUUGCGAACCGACCGCAGUUUAUCAGCCACUGUCAGCGGUGAGACGGUGAAGAUUGGAGAUAUUUCUUACAAACUCAAAACGCCACGCAACCCCGAACUGGUUCCUGUCAAACACAGUGUGUCAUCGCCGCGUGUGUCGAGAGCUAGAACCCUUAGAACUUGUCACUUUCCCUCAAUUUGUGCUCUUAGUUUCAGACUUCCUGCCCCAGGCUGUGGCGCAGCACCUGCGAUGGAUCAUGCAGAAAGACCUCUUGGGUCAGGAUGUGUUUCUCAUCGGACCCCCGGGACCCUUGAGGAGAACCAUAGCGAUGCAAUACCUUGAGUUAACCAAACGGGAAGUGGAGUAUGUCGCUCUGUCCAGGGACACCACAGAGACCGAUUUGAAACAGAGGAGAGAGAUCCGGGCCGGGACAGCUUUCUACGUGGAUCAGUGCGCCGUCCGGGCAGCCACUCGAGGGCGCGUUCUGCUUCUGGAGGGUCUGGAGAAGGCCGAGAGGAACGUUCUGCCUGUCCUCAACAACCUGCUGGAGAACCGAGAGAUGCAGCUGGAGGACGGACGCUUCCUCAUGGCAGCCGAGCGCUAUGACAAGCUGCUGCAGGAGCACACAAAAGAGGAGCUUGACGACUGGAAGAUCAUCCGCGUAAGCGAGGACUUUCGGGUCAUCGCCCUCGGUCUUCCUGUGCCCAAAUACAAAGGCAACCCGCUGGAUCCUCCCCUCCGCUCUCGCUUCCAGGCCAGAGACGUCUAUUACCUCCCAUUUAAGGACCAGUUGGAGCUGUUGUACGCGGCAGCGCCAAACAUAGCGGCACAGAGGGUGUCCCAACUGCUGUCGCUUGCUACCACACUGUGCUCCCAGGAAUCAGCCAACCUGGGUCUUCCUGACUUUCCCAUGGACAACCUCCUUAAGGGCAUUAAUGUACUGAAUGUUUUCCCCAUGAUGUCCUCGCAGCAGCUGGUCCAGAGACUUUACCCAUACCAUAGUAUGUUGGGCAAGGACGGGCGCAGCGCUGUGGAGACUGUGCUCAGUAAAUUUGAGCUUCUGGACAGCCCCAGCAACAGCAACACAUCGAGCAGCGCCGUCGUCAGCGUGUCCAGAACCGCUGGUGUGGAGGGCUACGCGGACGUCACCUUGCGUGUCGCACAGAAAGACGUUACAUUUCAGGUCCCCGCGGGCACCAAGGAGCCGCGGGCACCCAACUGCGGCCGCGCCUUCGUCAGCACCCCCAGCCACUCGCAGCUGAUUGCUGACAUGAUGCAGUCGCAUAUGGUGAAGGACGUGUGUCUCAUAGGAACCAAGGGUUGCGGCAAGUCAGUGGUUGCCAGAGAGUUUGCUGAGAUGUUGGGUUACAGUUUAGAGCCUGUCAUGCUCUACCAGGACAUGACAGCCAGGGACCUCCUCCAGCAGAGGUUCACUCUCCCCAGCGGCGACACGGCGUGGCGUCCGUCGCCGCUGGUCACCGCCGCCUUGGAAGGCAAGCUGCUGCUGCUGGACGGUAUACACAGGGUCAACCUGGGAACGCUGGCCGUCCUUUCCAGGUUACUUCAUGACCGGGAGUUGGAUCUGUACGAUGGCACCAGGCUGCUGAGGUGGGACAGAUACCAGGCACUGAAGGAGGAACAGAACUUGACCGACCAGCAACUUCAAGAGAAGUCAAUCUUCGCCAUCCACCCGUCGUUCCGUGUGCUCGCCCUUGCCGAGCCCUCGCUAGUGGGCGGCGACGGCGGCAAAGGUCAGCAGUGGCUGGGUCCUGAAUUGCUCACCAUGUUCCUGUACCACACUGUCAGUCCGCUGGCCCGAGCCGAGGAGCUGGACCUCCUGCGAGGGCUGUCUCCUAAUGUUCCUACGGAGGCUGCCGAACAGCUACUGCACCUCACACACACACUGCAACAGACAAAUGACCCCACGGCUCAGUCUCUGGCCUCCUCCCUCUCCAGCAGACAGCUGCUGCGGAUCUGUCGCCGGCUCUCUCGCUACCCUGAGGAGAGCGUCGCCCACGCCGUCAACAAGGCCUGCCUCUCCAGAUUUCUUCCCAGCUUGGCCCGCGGCUCGCUCCAGAAAAGCCUCGCCAACUGCGCCAUACAUGAGACUCCGGGCGCUGAACACACACGUGACUUCACUUGUAUGGUCAAAGAUGGAGUGCUGACUAUCGGCAAAGUGUCUGCUCCCGUCAACAAGCCCAACGAGAAAAUGAAGGUUCCAGAUGUGCUGUUCUAUGAUAAUCCCCAGCACAUGAGGGUGAUGGAGGACAUGUUAAAAGACUUUCUUUUGGGAGAACACCUCCUCUUGGUAGGGAACCAGGGUGUGGGAAAGAACAAAAUAGUGGACCGGUUCCUGCACCUUCUAAACCGGCCCAGAGAAUACCUACAACUGCACAGGGAUACGACCGUGCAGACGCUGACGCUGCAGCCUUCAGUCCGAGAUGGUAUCAUCACGUACGAAGACUCGCCGCUGGUCAAAGCCGUGAAGGCGGGACACAUUUUGGUGAUCGACGAGGCCGACAAAGCUCCCACCAAUGUCACCUGCAUCCUCAAAACGCUGGUGGAGAGCGGAGAGAUGAUUCUGGCCGACGGACGCAGAAUUAUCUCCGAUCCACUGGAAGCCAAGGGGAGGCCCAACACCGUCGUCAUGCACCCAGACUUCAGGAUGAUGGUGCUGGCUAACCGGCCGGGCUUUCCCUUCCUGGGCAACGACUUCUUUGGAGCUCUAGGCGACAUCUUCAGCUGCCACGCCGUGGACAACCCCGAGCCCCGGGCCGAGCUCGCCAUGUUGAAGCGCUACGGCCCCGACGUUCCCGACGCCACUCUGGAGAAGCUGGUCGCCGCCUUCGGAGAGCUCCGCUCCAUGGCCGACCAGGGCGCCAUUGCCUACCCGUACUCUACUCGCGAGGUGGUUAACAUUGUCAAGCAUCUCCAGAAAUUCCCCAACGAGGGUCUGGCCAACGUGGUGCGGAACGUCUUCGACUUCGACUCGUACAACAAAGACGCACGCGACGUCCUGAUGGAGGCGCUGCACAAGCACGGCAUCCCCAUCGGAGCCAAGCCCGACUCCGUCCAACUGGCCAAGGAGUUGCCUCUGCCAGAAGCCAAGUUGACUGGGUUCUGGACGAUAAACCAAACAGGCAACCCCCGGCACAAACUGCUGUGUCCCUCUGAGACGCAUCGCAUUGACGUCAAGGGCCCCGUCUACCUGCGUGUUCAGGCCUAUCCUUGCAACAGGCAGGGAAGCCGGGCGUCGAGUUUCAACGAGGAAAAAGCCAGCUGGCAGAUCCCCAUCAACCAAGUCAACAUCAUCUGCGAUGUCGCCACCAAAGAUGACACUCUGUACGUGGCCACAUGUAACCCGGUGACGCUUUACUCCAUGAAAGAGAGCGGAGAAACCAUUCAGUGCGUGGAGCUUCACGACGUCUUCCCCAGAACCAUCAGCGGCGUGUGGCAGCCUUUUGUCACCGUGGCCUCCCUGGGAGGUCCAUUGGAUGGGCAGGCGGUGCUGCACGAGCAACAGAGUAACACGGUGCUCCACGUGGACGUGGCCACGGGCGCAGUGCGGCGGCUCGUCAUGUCAGCGGACGGCGAGCGGACCCCCGGCAGAGCUUCUCAUUGGUGGAGCGGUAAAGAAGCGCAGGGAGAGUAUAAAAUGUGCCGCGACUUCGCCCACAAGAACUGGCUCCUCUUCUACAAGGAAGACGGCAACCGGCUGGAGGUGCUGGAUGUGCUGGAGGGCCGGGUUCACGCCAUCUCCCUGCCCGUCAACCUCAAGUCGGUCUUCCUGGUGGCGGAGGAUCGCUGGCUGCUGUUGGAGAGCAAGACCGACAAGAAGUUCCUGCUGACCAAGCCCACGCACACGGCGGCCGAGGAAUCGGGCGCGUGUCGGCUGCACAGCGUCGACGAGGACGCCGUCAGCUCGGGCCAAGGGGCCGCCGGCGCGGCCGAUCGGUCCGUGCCCCAGAUGCUGUCAUGUGAUCAGCUUCCCGACGAGGAUCUCAGCGCCGCUCUCGGCCAGAAGAUCGUCUCCCCGAAUCGCGUCAUGGCCGACGCCGGCGCUUUUGCGCGAAUCGUCGUGGGCUUCCCGGAGCUCACGUCUCCCAACGAGGUGUACAGCUUUCAGAGGACAGUCGACCUAUCACAGAUGGAGGCCGGCGGCGGCGCCCGCGCGUUCCCGCGAGGUGGUCUGCGGACUACUGCGGCCAAACAGAGCAACUGUGUGAGUCUGCUGUCGGCCAGUCAGGUGGUGCGGGCCCUUCCGCCGAGCAAGGUGCCCCUGAAGCAGCUCUACCCCGAAGGUGUCAGCCCUCCGAUGGCAGCAGCCUACCUGGAAGUGACGGAUCUCAACUCGAAAAAAGUCAAAUAUAUUCCUGUCCCCGGGUCGACGUCGGCGUCGCCCUACGCUAACUGGCUGUCCAAGGUGUCCGAGACAGACGUGCUAAUGGCGCCGCUCGCCUCGGGCGCCGUGGUCACGGUGGACGCGGGCGGCCGCGCGCGGCUCUGGGAGACGGGGACCGACGCGCUGCGCCGAUCGUUGACGGAGUGGAGGAAGAUGAUCGGCUCCGAGGACGGCCGGCCCGUGCAGAUCACCGUCCAGAGGGACAGCGGUCUGGACGUUUCCGCUCCGAAACACGGCAAGGUGGAUACUACCAAUGCGCCCCACGUGGGCGGAAACCAGUGGGCGGGCGGCACAGGAGGUCGAGACACCGCCGGUCUGGGCGGGAAAGGGGGCCCGUACCGCUUGGAUGCGGGACACAAGGUGUUCCAGGUUUCCCAGGCGGAGAAGGACGCCGUGCCUGACCAUGUCCGCAGAGCUGCGCGAGAAAUGGCGGAAAAAGCCUUCAGAGACAGGCUGAAGGAGAUCGAUAUGAGCGAGUACGACGCCACCACCUACGAGCGAUUCUCCAGCGCCGUCCGGAAACAAGUUCAGUCCCUGCGCAUUAUCUUGGACACUUUGCAGGCCAAAGCCAAGGAGCGCCAGUGGCUGAAGAACCAAGCUCUGGGCGAACUGGACGACGCCAAAAUCAUCGACGGCCUCACCGGCGAAAGGGCCAUUUACAAACGCAGGGGAGAACUGGACCCCGAGCCCGGCACGCCCCAGCAAAAACCCAAACGUCUGCGGGUGCUCGUCGACGUGUCGGGGAGCAUGUACCGCUUCAACGGCGUGGACGGCCGCCUGGAGCGCUCCAUGGAGGCCGUGUGUAUGGUCAUGGAGGCUCUGGAAAGCUACGAACACAAGUUCAAGUACGACAUCGUGGGCCACUCGGGCGACGGCUAUGACAUCGAACUGGUCCGAGUGGACAAAGUCCCCAAGAACAACAAGCAGAGGCUCCAAGUUAUCAAGACCAUGCACGCCCACUCUCAGUUCUGCAUGAGCGGCGAUCACACGCUGGAGGGCACGGCGGCCAGCGUCGAGGAGCUGGCGCGGGAGGAGGCCGACGAGCGCUUCGUGGUGGUGCUGAGCGACGCCAACCUGGAGCGCUACGGCAUCGGACCCGAGCGCUUCGCCCGGGUCCUCGUCUCGGACCCCCGGGUCGACGCCUUCGCCGUUUUCAUCGGCUCUCUGGGCGAUCAGGCCGAAAGACUCCAGCAGACCCUUCCGGCCGGGAGGUCCUUCGUUGCUAUGGAUACCAAGCGGAUCCCCCAAAUACUGCAGCAGAUCUUCACAUCCAGCUUGCUGGUCGGGGUCUGACGGUGCCUCCGACUGAUCGCACACGCACGCACGCACACACACACACACACACACACACACACAGCCACACUUUCCUGCCGACUAUUUUGUUGACUGGGAAUGAGUGAGGAAUGCCCCACCUGAGUGCGGCGGCCGCCUUUCCUCGAGCCCCCGCGACGUCCGCGUCAACGCGCUCGCUCGGGGCGCCGACGGUCAAGUCGGUCCUGCGAGGAAUCGGAGAUCCUAUUUCGUGGGUAGACCUCCCGCUCCGUCGGCACAAGUGUCGCUGUGACGUCGCUGAAGCCAUCACAUCAACUUUUCAGUGGCAUUUGGAUUAAAAUAAAAACAUUUUAAAAGUGCAGCAUUUAUGGAUUAAGCUUUGAACAAAAAAAGUGUCUGAUGUGCUUUUCAUGUCACACAGCAGCGUAUUCAUUAUAAAAGUAGCUUUUCUGAGCAUGUCACUCGUUGCUAGGCAGAGUUUGUCACAACCCGGUCUACCAUUUUCUGUAGCGCUUGUCCUCGUGAGGAUCGCGGCCGAGCUGGAUCCUAACCGGGCGACUUCGGGUGAGAGGUAGGGGUGCGACCUUUACCGGUCGCCAGUCAGUCGCAGGACUCAUAUAGACGUGCGACCGUUCACUGUCACAUCCGUGCCUUCAAUUAGCUUAACACAGAACAACCGUAAGGCAGCAGAGAGAUUCAAACCCUAACCUUAGCACCGUGCUAACCUCUAGGCCGCCGUGCUGCUUGGCGCGACACAAUUUUAACAUGUCGACACAUUUUUAAAAAGUUGCUCUUAGCAGACUGGCAAAAACCAACUUAAAAAACUGCUCUUUGUGUGUCAACAGCUCUGUAUUAAUUAUAAAACUUGACCCAGCUCCAGAAAAUGUCCGGGACACAUCACACACUUGCCCGGCUGCUUGUUGCCAGACAGACAGAGAGAGAGAAAAAAAAGGCAUUUAUGCUGUUUGCUGGCUGACCCACAUCACGAAGAAAGGACAGGGAGAGGCGACAGGAACAGGAAGUCAGACCAAAACAGAACGUUUAUUGACACACAUGAACUUUGAACUUGACUCGCUGCUCUGCAUUCAACCGAGUGUUUUGACCACAGCGCUGUCUGGCCGGCGCACUCGCCCGAAAGCGCAAUCAGCGUUUGGCGGACUGAGCGGAUCACCGGAACCGCACGAGCUUCCGUUGAUUUGACCUCAUCGAAUGUUCUUGGACAAUUUCCACAUUUAAAGACCCCCAAAAGUGACCAAAAUUAGUUAACAAGCCAGACAAUAAACGAAUGGAUACAAAAAUCACAAAAAUACGUGAAAUCAAGCUUCCACAAGGUCAAGAACUGAGACAUUCUUUCAGCUUGCAGACGCUGCAGGCAUGUCGCUGAGAGCUCCCGCCUCGAGCCUGUCAAUCAAAGACGUGCGCUGACGUCCGACUUGCGACGGGCUCGCUUCGCCGCUGCCUCGCGACGCACGUCGCCCAAAAAUAUGAUACUUUAGGGAAGAUGCAUUUUUUCCCAGUUGUGGGCAUAGUUUCAAGGCCCAUUGCGCGCUAUACGCGCUAUACUGGUCAAAGUGGGUUUCGGAACAAGGAAGUGGAAAUUCCGGCAAAUGGCCACUGCAUGGGAUAAGGGUGCUUGCCGCAUCCUCGUCUCAUCUUCGUGAUGUCAAAAGGAUGCUUUUUAGCCACGUCCACAAAAUCAGGAAAAUUGAGGUGAAAAAGAGUUUGAAGCCAUAUCUCAACAAUUCAGUACUACAGUGGUGUAAAAAUCUCUUUGCUCCCUUCCUGAUUUCUGAUUUUUUUUUGCAUGUUUGUCACACUUAAAUGUUUCCCAUCAUUCAAUUAAAAAAAAUAUUAGUCGAAGACUGUCAGGGUUCCUGUAAUGAGUUGGACCCAAACGCAGAGGCGAGAAAUGGACGGUUCAAGAAUGAAUGUUUAUUGGGCAAUCACUAGGUCGGAGGCAGACAACCGCUGGCAGGCGAGGAGGCUUUGUGGGCUUUGUGGGCUUUGUGCGGGUUGGCAGGUACUGGAGAUGCGCAGGCUCUGGUGGUCAGCGAGUGGCAGGAGAGGGAACAAGCGCAACGACGGCUUAGAACAGUUCUCAAAAGUCUCAAGGUUCAGAAUUGCUACAUUACAAACUCGAAGUAGGCACUAGAGAAUCUGGCGGUGUGCUGGAGUCCAGGGCCAUCUUAAAUUGGGGAUGGAAAACAGCUGCUGAGUAUCUCCAAUGCACCGCACCUGCAAGAAAUCACACACACACUCUGGGGCAGAGCUCAGGAUGCUGCGACAGCAGACCUGACAAAGACAACACAAGUAAACACAAAAUUCAGUUUUUUUACUUUGAAGGAAUAAAUGAAGUGGACCAAAAAGAUCCUCAAAAGCUCGACAUCAUGCUGAGAUCUGAAGAAAUUCAGGAACAAAUGAGAAAGAAGGUAAUUGAGCUCUAUCAGUGUGGGAAAGGUUACAAAGCCAUUUCUAAAGCUUUGGGACUCCAGUGAACCACAAUGAGAGCCAUUUUCAGCAAAUGGCGAAAACACAGAACAGUGGUGAACCUUCUCAGGAGUGGUCAGCUGACCAAAAUGACCCCAAGAGCGCAGCGACGGACGACUCAUCCGAGAGGUCCCAAAAGACCCCGCAACGACCUCCAGAAGAAAUGCAGGUUCCUCAGUUAAGGUCAGUUUUCAUGACGACACCACGAGAAAGAGUUCUAAGACGAAAACCACUGCUGAGCAAAAGCAACAUUUAAGGCUUGUCUCAAUUUUGAAAGAAAUCAAUCAAAAAAUAGACAUCUUGAUGAUCCCCAAGACUUUUGGAAAAACAAAAAACAAUUUCUGAUGAGACAAAAGUGGAACUUUUUGGAAGGUGUGUGUCCCAUUACAUCUGGCGUGACAGUAACACCUCCUUUCAGAAAAGAGUCGCGUGAUGGCGUGGGGCUGUUUUGCUGCUUCAGGACCUGGAAGACUGGAGACUAAAGACUAAACGGAAGCAUGAAUUCUACUGUUCACCCAAAAGUCCUGGAGGAGAAUGUCCGGCCAUCUGUUUGUGACCUCAAGCUGAAGCCAACUUUGGUUCUGCAGCAGGACAACCAUCGAAAACACACCAGCAGGUCCACCUGUGAAUGGCUGAAGAAAACCAGAAUGAAGACUUUGACCUUCAAAAGGGGCUUCAUACUUGAAAAUCCUCUAAUGUGGCUGAAUGACAACAAUUGUGCAUAGAUGAGUGGGCCAAAAUUCCUCCACAGCAACUCAUUGCAAGUUAUGGCAAACGCUUGAAUUGCAGUUGUUGCUGCUAAGGGUGACCCAACCAGUUCUGGGCUUUUGGGGGCAGUCACUUUUUCGCACAGGCCCAGGUAGGUUGAAUUUUUUAUUUUUAUUCCCCCCCUUUCCCGUAAUAAUAAGAACCUUCAAGUAAAAACUGCAUUUUGUGUUUACUUGUGUAAAUUUGUUUGAUGAUGGGAAACAUUUGUGACAAACGACGAAUGGGGCCAACCCUUUUUCACACCGCUGUGUACUGUAUUGUUUUCAGCACUUCAAACAUGCUGAGAAACAAAAGACAUUUACAUUUUGGGGGUCUUUAAAGCAGGGCACAAAUGAAGCAAUGUAUGUCAAGCAUACGGUAUACGUGAUUGUAUUUAUAUUUGCUUUGGAACACUCUUAUUUUGAGAAUGUUUCCGCCCGCUAACGUGACCUCCGUAAACCUGACGCAGAGUGAGAAGCGCUUGUCGUCACGUCACUUGCGUGUGAAUUUCUUUUCUCUCCAUUCGUCCUCGAUUGCUGCAGCUGUGUGAAUGUUUUAAUGAAGUCGUUUGUGUUUGACUGUGAAGAUGACUUUUGGCGAGAUGACUGCCGUUGCUUGAGAAGCAGGCCGAAGUGCUCGGUAUAAUUUUGCAUUGUCUAUUGUUCUUAGCUUCAGUGCUAGCUUUAUGAUAAUUGUGACAUUUAUGUUUGCCUCCUCUGUAAGUCUGAACUUUUGGUUCUACGGUGUGGUGUGUCGAGGUGUGAUUAAACAUCUGUAAAUAAAAGUAAAAUGAGAUCGAGCAGCUUCUGGAACGUACGUCACCCCCACCGACGAACGGUUGC